AAGUUAUAGAGGUUUUGAGAAUAAGAGGAUAUGUUUAUCCCUCACACGUGAGAUAGAUAUUAAACAGAGGAUGGCGAAUUUUCUAUCGAACAAUUUCAGGGCUUUUUCUGUGUCUGCUUCGAUUUCUUCUAAUGCCAGAGCAAAGAUGGAAUUAUCUACUUUUUGGGAAGAUUUGUUGAUCAAUUUUCAGGUGAAAUGAUACUAAUGUGUAGAGUAAUUUGUGCAAUCUUAGGGUCUCCGCCAAGCGUGCCUCAAAAUGCAGGGACGGUGAUUAUCGAACUUCCUCUUGAUAAAAUCCGGAGACCCCUUAUGCGUACACGAUCAAACGACCCACAAAAAGUGAAGGAACUCAUGUCUAGCAUUAGCGAAAUCGGCCUUCAAGUACCUAUUGAUGUGCUCGAAGUUGAAGGCGAAUACUAUGGUUUUUCUGGUUGCCAUAGAUACGAAGCUCACCAGCAGCUAGGUCUACCAACUAUUCGUUGCAAAGUUCGACGUGGUACUAAGGAAACUUUAAGGCAUCACCUUCGUUGAUGCUGCUCGUGUAGCACAAGGACGACGCUCUGCACUCAUCGAGCCUUCUUUGGAGAUGGAGAAUUUAAUGAUAACUAUAUAAUUUAUAUACACUACCAUGUAUCUAAAACUAGCUAAGAUGCAAUAUUCUGUUGUACUUUGCAAACAAUAUAUACGUAUAAUAAUUUAUGCACGAGCAAGCAUUGGUGUAAAAUAGUAGAUCUUCAUUAUAACCUUGUUGAUGAGUUAUGUCUAA